CUCCGUUCGCUUGGUUUAAAGGCAUACAACUACCGUUUCCACUGAGCCUCGGUUCUACUCGUGACUCACACUGUUGAUAAUUGAAAGGACACGGCCUUUGUGUUUGGUGUUCUUUGUUUCCAUAGAAUUGAGCAUCAUCGUGACAGAUGGCGAAGAAGAAAUCUGCUGGCGCUAAGAAGCGUGCCAGCGCUAAGAAGAAGGCUGCUAGGGGGGCAGGCAACGAUACAGUCGGGGAGGCUGGAGGAGCAAGCCUCCAGGAUGAUGAUGCUGAAGCAGCUGUUGUUGGGGACGUGGACGUGAAUGGUGAAAAAGUGAAUGGUUCUGGUGCCGCUGAGGUUGGUGAAUCACUGGAGACAGCAGAUCUUGGACAGGCUGGUCCCGGUCCCGUCGAGGAAGUCAUUCCAGCGGCUCCAACUCAGGAUGAUCUCUCACUUGAAACGGACGUGGGCGAUGGUAGCUCGGCUGUGGCCGAGCAGUUGGCAUCGCAAGGUGAAGGUGGCGAAGAACUGCCGAACGAUGAGCCUGUCUUGCCUGAACAAGAAACAACGCAAGCGUCAGCGCCUGUUGAAGAGGCUCCGCUCUCUGUGCAGGUUGAGGAGCCAUGUCCAGAGUCACACCGACAGUCUGUUGAAGGCAUUGAUGAUGAUCAAGUUACCCAAUCCAGUGCUGAGGAUUUGUUUGCUUCAAAUGAUGACUUUGUUAUUGGUGCCUCGAGCAAUGGGGAGCAUUUGGCUCAAGAAUUCGCCAGCCAUGCUUCGACCCCGUUAUAUGAAGAUGGCCAAGCAAAUACUGGUGCUGUCCCUGAGUCUCCCGCUGCUGACGCCGUGUAUGAACGUUUGAAUGCGCCUGUUGAUGAAAAUAUUGAUGAAACUACUGAUGAACCACUUCCCCAAAAUCAAGCAGAGAUCAUUAAUGAGGAACCUCCUCAAGCAUCUGCCGUGUCAUCGACUGUUGAUGAUCUCUUUGCUUCAAAUGAUGAUUUUGUGAUAGAAGCCCCGGGUAAUGGGUUGGCGAAUACUCAGCAGUUCGAUGAACCAGAAUACAUAGUUGAUUCUGAGCAACAGAUCACACCUGAAUAUUUACAGGGCAGUGUUGAAGGAUCAGCCAGCAAUGAACCUCCUCAAGGCUCUGAGAAUUAUGAAGACGGUGAAGUUGUGCAACCAGCUACCAACGAGUCUACUACAAGUGACCAUGUUGAUCCCUACAGUUCUCAAUGGACAACUAAUACUGAGCCUGACUCGUCAUCACCUGCCAUUGGGGAAGCCGGAAAUGAAAUCCAGUUCCCAGAAUCGACAGUUAGCUCUAAUCUUCCUUGGGAGGAGCCGAAUACUGAAGACUCUGGCCUUCCUUGGGAGCAACACAAUUCUGGAGAAACUGAUAUCACUGAACACCAUCAGCAGACCAACAGCUCCAAAUUUGAAAAGCUCAACUUUGGUGAUGAUUCUUUGCUGAGUGAGGAUAAUUCUACGAACUUCAAUACCGGCACUUCAGAAGCUGCAGACCACUCCAACUUGUUUGCUGAUGGAGAUGAUGACUUUGGUGCAAUCAUUAGUGGUUCUCAGGACAAGUUGACUUCAGAACAACGUCACGAUAACGAUGUCGAUAACCUGACAAACAAAUUUUCUUCUUUAGACUUGGAGUUGGACGAGGACUUGUUGGAGGAUGAAUUAUUAGAUGAUGUCUUGGAAGAAAAUAAAGCACCUGCACCACAGCAAGCAAUGCCAUCCCAACCUGAACCUAAGGUUGAACAACAAGUUCAACAACAAUUUGGCCAACAACCACAUCGCCAAACUCGUAAUCCGUAUAUGCCAUCGGCUCCUACAGGAUCAAUAUCUAAUGCUCCUGCUCAGAACUCUCAGUAUCAGAAAUACGCGCAAAGGGGUGGUGUGUCUUCAAUGUUCCAACCACCACAACCUGUACAUCAGUUGGAUAUGGGCAAAUUCAGUUCUGAGAAGCAAAAGUCUGAUGCUUACGACUUCCCUCUGGAUCUAAUGCCAACAAAAACUGUUCAUAAACCUCGUGUGGCUGCUGCAUUAAGCACUGACUCUCAACCAUCAUAUGGCAAUAGUCCAUCGCCUUCAUUGAAUGCUUCACAAGGUCCUCCUUCUGUACAAAAUGCUCCAAAUCCAUACGCACCAGGGGCUCUCUCAACUGCUAAACCACCAGCUUCAUUGAAGAAGAAGCAGUCCUCGUUCUUUGAAGAGUUACCAAUCCCACAGAUCACAGCUCCACAUAGACCAAGAGCCUCAUCCCGUCUGUCUUCAAGUGUUUCUUCACCUCUACUGAACCCAGUCCCAAGUGGACAAUCACCCAAUAUAGCACAUGCACCUCCACGAGUACCUGCUCAAAAUACAGUUCUAAGUGGGUAUGGCAAUCCACCAGUACCAUCGGCACCUGGUGUUCAUGUUGGCCUCCAGUCCAGUCAGAAUUCUAGCAAUCCUUAUGCACCACCACCACCAUCAUCACUACCACCACAGCAGCAGGUUAAUCAAUAUGCUCCGCCAAUUCAACAAUCAAACCCAGGUGUCUCGAAGUCGCCAGUUGUAUCCAAGUACGAACCAGCUGUGAUGGGCAUGGGGAUAUCGAAACCGGCACCACCAAACACUGGAUCUGGCUUCACAGAACUGCCUGUUGCCCAUCCUCCACCAGUUACCAGAAGUGUACCUUCAACCGGUCCUUCAAGAUAUGCUCCUGGACCAUCAAUUCCAACACCUGCUGUGAAAGCACCGCCAGUGGGACCUCCUCAGCAAUAUCUCCCGCAACACUCUUCUGCUGCACCACCAAAAGUGUUACAACCUCCUCAUAAGGUAUCCCAAUCUUUGAACUACAAAGGAAAUACUGUAACUGAACCAAGUUUGAAGACUAUUGGUACUGGUAAUACUGGUCAAGGAGUCGUUUCCCCAAUCACAAGAUAUGCACCAAUAAAUCACAGAAGACAAGCAAGUACAUCUGCUGUUCAAUACGAUCCUAUUCUCGUUGCGCAGAAGUAUCAGCCUCAACAGUCACAGCAACUACCAUCCGUUCCUCAAAAUGCUCCAUUGCCUCAACAACAAAAAGUUCCAUUGCCUCAACAACAAUCAGCUCAACAAGUGUAUGACCCGAAAUUGCAACAACCUCAUUUCAGUGCAUCUUCGAGUACUCAACCACACCAAAUGAGAGGGGCAGCCCCUGGUUAUCAAGAGUCUUUUGGAUAUUCUAGUGUUGCACAUGCGCAGAAUGUUGCUGUGUCUAGUACAGUAGACUUACAAAGACGUCAAUUCCCACUGUUCAGCUGGAGUAGUGGUGGCAACAUUGCUUAUUGCAUUCCAAAAUCCACUAACUAUGGUUAUGGUAAUACAGUUAACGUGGUUAAAGCUGAUGUUGUUCUCAAAGAAAGUAUGUUGCGGGAGUUCCCACAGAAGAAGUCAAAUGCGAACUUGGUUAAGUAUUUGGAUGCUCAGAUUACCAGAUUGACCACUAAUCGUUACUCUGUCCUGGACGAUGCUGAGUUGCUAUUGUCACAAGUGUUGAGACAAAAGUUUAUUGAUCCCUCUGUUCCUUUGAAUUUAGGUACUGUUGUAAACUUUCAGGAUAUCCCUUCUUCAACUGUGCCAUCAACGAUCAACAAGAGACAUAUCAUAUCAUUGCUUGCAGCUGGUCAAAAGCAAGACGCGUUGCACGUUGCUUUGUCUGGACAUGAUUUUGCCUUGUCAUUGUUGAUUUCAGGUCUCAUUGGCAAAGAGCAAUGGAUCAACGUUGUUGAGGAAUAUUUGAGGGAGGAAUUUAACGGAGGCUCCGAAUAUUUCCUUCCAGUGUUGGUUAAAAUACUCUCUGGUGAUAUUGAUAGUGUUAUAAACACAUUCAAAGCGGACCCGGUGCUGGGAGAUUGGGCUUGUAUGAACUGGAAAGAAAUCUCCUCGGCCGUCAUUAACAACAAAUCAUCUUCCUUGGUGCAUUUCUUCUCUGCUUUUGGUGAGUUUUUAUUCCAAAGAGAGCAAGAGAUAUCUGCUUUUACCUUGUUUGUUAUGGGAGAUGUACCAUUGCAGGCCUUCAGACCGUUGAAAUCCCUUCAAUUGGUGCUGUAUGCGGAGAUUUACGGGCAGUAUCUCCAGGAUAAAGGUGUUUCCUCAGACUUGUCCCUUGUAUUGUUGAGUCAUGCCUUCUAUCUUGCAGAUUAUAACAUGUUGUCAGAGUCUCAAAGAUAUGCUGACCUUUCGCUUACUGCUUUCAAAGCAUCCAAGAAGAACAGUAUUCCAUUUAUUUAUGCUCAGAAGCGUCUGGCACAAGCUCUUUCUGGGACAUCUGUGAACGAAGGAUGGUUUGCAAAGCCAAAGUUAGACAAAGUUUGGGGUACUCUUGAUAAAGGUCUGAACAAGUUGGUGACUGGAGAUGAACCAAAGGCUGAGAACAAAGAUAAUGGUGUCUUCAGCAAGUUCAGUGCUGACUUGUCCCGUUCAUCGUCUAUCGCCUCGCUUGCCAAUACGUCUGUGGGUAACGAUAGUGCAUCGUUUGGGAGACCAGAGCUACCUAAGACUUCGAGCUAUUAUGGAUACGGGCCUGUCUCCACUGAACUGAAUGCUCAUAUCACACCUAGAAUCCCAGUUCAUUCGAACUUCCCUCACUCUGAUCCACAGAGGGUUUAUCCACAAGGCACUGGCAUUGGUGCUAGAAAUACACCAAAGGGCUCCAAGGUCUCCAACUAUUCGAAGAGUGCAUCAUCUACUGCAGAGUCGAUUGGCUCACAAAAUGUGUCACGCGUUGGUUCUCCAAGAAGGCCAAAGUAUACGCCAGAUAUCGAUGACUCUCUUUCAAGAGUUUCGUCAAUGGGCUCAUCAAAUGAUCCAGUGUCUUUCAAAACCAGUCCAAAUCUGCAAAAUGUAUUGCCUCAUGGUCUCCACUCUGCACCACCAAAACAUUCAGCUGUGUCCUCUGUGAAUUCUUCUAAUGUGGUUCAUGAGGGUGUUACUGGGCAUUAUCUAGAUACACACAGAGGUAAUGUUCCGAUUCAACAAAUGAGCGGAGCUCCAAAUGGUCGCGGAACUGCUGAUGUUGCUGGUCAUCCUACUGCACAUCCUGUUAACCACAUAGAUACACAUCCAGUUGGUCAUACGAGUCAUUCUUCGUUGGGUCCAGAUCAUGUUAUUAUUCCACCAAGUCACGCUGGACACACAACUGCACCUCCAACUCAUCAAGCACCAAUUGCCUCUGCCUCAGCUCUGGCUGCUCCUGUUGCUCCUGUUGCUCCUGUUGCUCCUGUUGCUCCUGUUGCUCCUGUUGCUUCUGUUGCUCCUGUUGUUCAUGAUACUUCAACUUCAAACGCUACACCGGUAUCUCAUGAAGUCCCAACAGACCAUGCUGAUGUUAAGCAGGCUCCAACAAACGUUAUACCACAGAAGGAUGUUUCUCAAGGGCCAUAUGCACCUGUAACUCAACAAACAGAAGUAUCACACCCUCAUCAAGCAGAUACAGAGGAAACUUCAUUUGCAACAGAGUCCACUCUUCAACCUCGUGAUAAUAUUGUUGGUAAUUCAGAAACAUUGGGCAAGGAGAGUAUCGUUAUGACCGUACCUUCAGUCGAGUCGGGGGUUCCGAAAAUGGAAGACGAUUAUACUGAAAACUCUGUCAUUGAGUCGAUGAAUGCUGAUCUUGUUUCCGAAACUCAAAGUGAUAUUGGAUCUGUCACUGCUAGUCCAUACAAAGCUCCACAGUUUGAAACAUCAGUGGAAGAUAUUUCUGCUAGGAUGAACAAUAAAACGUUUGAACCUGGUUCAUCAAAUGUUUCUCUGGAAGAUCAUGUUGGAGGUUCAACACAGCCAUCACAUGUUUCGUUGGAUCGUUAUGCCCAAUCUCAUCCAAGCGAUUCGCCAUAUGCACCAUCCAGGUCUCCAUAUGCCAACAAUGACCAGAAGGCGCCUGUGAAGAAGAAAAACAAUAGGUUUAUUCCAAAGUCUAUCUCAUCGACAGCUAGUAAAGAAGAACCUGUUGCUUCUGUUUCUGGUGAUUUGGAUUUGUAUUCAAUUUCUGGCAUUCAAUAUGUUCCUCCAACAACUGUUGCUGAAGGCGAUGACCAGAGAAACGCCGGAACCACCGUGUCACCGAGCCCAGUUGAAAAUAAUUCUCCUGAUUCUGUUCAAGGAGACGUUUCUACGAGUGAUGUUAGAAGAGACUUUGCACCUCCUGCAGAGAGAAGAGCUACAUAUUCUCCAACCAAGGAAAGAAGCUCCACGUACGUCUCGGUUGAAGAGAGUAGAAUUGUCUCUGCGCCAACGGCAGACAGAAGGUCAUCUUACAUUCCAGUUGAGGAGAGAAGAACCUCCUAUAUUCCAGUUGAGGAGAGAAGAACUUCCUAUGUUCCAGUUGAAGAAAGAAAGUCUUCCUAUGUUCCAGUUGAAGAGAGAAGAACCUCCUAUGUUCCAGUUGAAGAGAGAAGAACCUCUUAUGUUCCUCAGCAGGAGUCUCGCAAUUCUUCAUCCCCAGCUCAAUCCCGUCACGACUCUGUGUCUGAUACUAGCUUCCAUGCUCAACGUGGAGGCUCUUUUUCAAAUGCUAUGGGUCAAUCAUUGAAUAUGAGACCUAUUUCACCUCAUACAGCUGUACCACAAUCCAAAUUUGCACCACGCCAAGACUCUACGGCUGGUGGGGUGUCCUAUGAGCCACCGUCUGCUCGUAUGACUGCGUAUGAACCACCAAAGAAGGAACAAAUUGAGCAGAUACCAGAGGAGGAGUACUAUGAUGAUAUUGUUGAAGACGAGGAUGAUGAUGACGACGACGAUGAAGACGAUGACAAAAAUGCCAAAAACCACACUAAGAGCAACGAUAAUGUUGACCGUAAACCAUCAGUGAAGAAGAACAAAGAGAGUAAGGGUUCAAGUGGUGGGUCUGGAUGGCUCGGUGGUUGGUUCCGUAAAGACUCGAAUGAACCAAAGGUUUAUAAAGCAAAUCUCGGAGAGAAAUCCAAUUUCCACUACGAUGAGAAUCUGAAGAGAUGGGUUAAUGGAGAUGAGGACUUGGAUGAGCUGAAAAAGAAAGCUGCUCCACCUCCACCUCCUAUCAUCAAGAAGAAGCCAUCUUCUAUUCUUUCAAAGCCUCGUCCUUCUAUAGUUGAAGGGUCUAUAGGCCAACCAUCUCGCCAUCCUUCAGAUAACAACACUGCUGUGGCGAUGUCCUCAGAUUCAUCGGAGAGAGUGGUUUCAACUGGCAGCAGUGGUGCACCACAGUCAUUACCACCACCACCUUCUAGCUCGCUUUCACAUAAAGCUGGACCUCCACCUCCAUCUGAUUUGGAUUCCCUAAUGAGUAUGACCAGUGGUCCAUCCACUAGAAGAAAGAAGAAGCCUGGUCGUGGUUACGUGGAUGUUAUGGGUACUAUGAAUAUGAAGAAAUGA